AGAACCUGCGGCUGUGCAAGGUUGAUCUCUUAGUUCCGUCAUUAUACCUAUUCAGUGCGUUGCAUUAUUGAGAUAAACACACUUUCUGACAAUACUGACGAUGCAAGAAACUCUGCUAAGAGUGUUUGUGGUGGGUCUCGGUCUCCUAAUGUGUCCAAGGGAUGACCCUGGAGUUGAGGAAUGGGACGAUAUUGUCAACAAGGACAUGCAAAGGCAUGAAGAGAAGCUGCUGAGAGAGGAAGAGAAACUCGACCAGGAAAUGCCACCUGUCAGUGAGAAAAUACACACAGACAAAAAUGAGACUGAAGAUGACAGAAACUUUCAUGAUGAACAGAAGUCUGAUCAAAAUGUCACUGAAAAAGACAAACUUUUAGAGUCAGAAGGACAUGGCACCAAUCAUGAAUUACUACGGGGCCGAUCCACAGCUAAAUCAGAUCCAAGUGUGCCUAAAAAUGAUAAUGCUGAACCCGAGGCUGCUUUAAAGACAUCACAAGAUGCUAAUGAGCUAAAGGGAAAAGAUAUCCAUACUGACAGCCCUUUUGGAGACCCUGGCAAACCACAGGGGCAGCAUGCAAGACCUGAGAAGGAAAUAUCUAGUUCCAAAGGACAAGACACACCUUUUAAAAAUGUCAAGACAUCAGAAAAUGAAACCUCAGAGAAAUCAAUCGCAGAAUGGGAAAGAGAUUACCUCUGGUACAUUUGGAACACAUUCUCAGUCAUUUCCAUGAUCCGUUUCUGUUGGAAAUACCUGAAUAGGAGUUCCCAAACGACACAAGUAGCAGCCUCCCCUGUGACGUGCGCUGCUGAUAAAGUGCAGCUACCAGACAUCGGCACUCUUCACGAUUUUUAUGCUAAAUAUGUUCAAGAAUCAUCUCAAAAGAAGUGGAGGAAGGAUGAGUUUCUGGAAGGAUUUGCAAAUGACCUGCUGGAUGCCAUGAGGACCAUAUGUGGUAGAAAUGGCAGUAUGGUGAUUGAGGACUUUCAGAUGCUCAGUGCCUGUAAUAUCAUUGUACCUUUGACCCCACCUAAGCCAUAUAGUUUUCACAUUCAGCUCUGUAACCACAAAGGGAGGGAUUUUUCAAAUAUGCCAGUGUGCGGUCAAAUAAAACUUUUGGAAAAUAAGAAAACCCAAGAUUGCCCCUGUCAGACCUCUGAUGCAGAUGAGGAUAUGGUUUGCCUGUUGCAUUCUGACCACAAUGAGAAUAUAAGGACAGAAAUUACUGAGGUUUGUGAUGGUUUUCUGUGCUCAAAGAACACUCCUUUCUUGUCAAAAUCACUGGUCUCCAGAUGGUUUCAGAGCUCUAUAAAACAAGCAUGGAGACUGAUUUCACACAAGUAUGAGUUUGAGCUCAAUAUUCACUAUAUUGAUGCUCCUGGUGCUCUAGUGAUCAGAUUCAAGUCAGGCAAGAAGAUCACCUUCAGUAUGAAUCCCGUGGUUACAUUUAAUAAUGAUGCUUAUUUUUUCAUUACACCUUGGUCCUCAAGUGAUUUAGAUACUUUCUGGAGACUAUCCUUAACCAGCUAUGAAGACCAUCUCCUAGAACAUCUCUCAAAACGCCUGCCUGAAAAUGCUUGUCAUAUUCAAGCACUUGAAAUUGCACGUUUCCUUCACAAGAGGCAGACGGCAAUGACAGGAAGUAGUGCUCUGAAGGAUUUUCAUUUCAAAACGGCCCUAAUGCAUCUGCUUCUCACCACAGACCCAAGACACUGGAACGCAAACUGUGUUGAUUCUAGGUUACGAGACUUGCUAUCCUUUAUAGAAAGAAGCCUUGAGAAAAAGGUACUGAAACACAUUCUCAUUGGCAAUUCUUUAACUGAGGUUAUUGAACUUCCUGCUGAAUUAAUCAGAGCAAAGCCAGUGAAUCUCUUCCAUCCUCUUGUGGUACAUAACUGCAUGUACAGGAAUGCUAUGAUGCAUUUCCAGGAGAUGCUUAGAAACGCAUACAUGAUGGUUGAUGAUUACGCAAAAUAUACUGAAAGAGCAAACUGAA